UCUUCUUACUUGUUAAUGAGUAAAAGAAUUAGUCAAAUUACACAUUUUCAAUUCUAAAAACAAAAUAGGUAAGACAAGAAAACCAAUAAUAAUUACUGAAAGAGAUAGAACUGUAAAGCCAGUCUGACGUGGGACCCAACUUACGUUCUCUUCUAAUCUCUACAGAUCAUAUCGUUCGCUGGCACCUUCAUUCACCAAACAAUACACCGCUUCUUUCGAUCAUCAUUCAUCUCGUUUCCAUCUCUUUAUCUCUUUUAUUUUUGUUAAAUUCUAAAAACAGAAAAAGUCAUGAUUAUUCAUCAAUCAUCACAAUAAUACAAAUAAGGAAGUAUGUAUCUAGUCACCCUUUCUCUGUUAGCAAGAUGAGCUUCUGCAAAAGAAGUUUUCACUCUUUCCUUGGCCAGAAUAAUACCAAUACGAUGCCAUUUAACAAUGAUCAGCCAUGUGAAUCCAUAUUCGGUUUGAAAACGCUAUCUCACCAUCGGUCCGGUUCAUCAGAGAAUGGGUUAAUGUUGUGUACAGAGUAUCUAGGGUUCGAGAGUUACGACAUGAGGAUGUCAGAUAACGAGGUUGAGGAAAAGAUGACGUGUCAUGCGGAGGCGAUAACGGAAAGGGUCGAAACAAAGAGGAAGAAGACGAAGGAGGAGAAUGUUGUGGCUACGUCGAGAGAUCGUAAGAAUCAAUUUCCCCCGCCGCUCUCGUCUUUGAACGCCCGAGGAGAGCGUUCUUUUUAUCUCCGGCCGGUGAGGAAAGACGGUAGAUUGGAACUUACACGAGUUAUGAUCGACCGACCAGAGAUCUUUCAUGCUUCUCGAGCAAAUGGACGGCUGCGAUUACAUCUUGUUGGUGGCAUUUACGAUGGAAAUUUGCAACGGCAAAAGGGUGUUGACAAUCCCAUAAGAGCUUCUUGUGAUUCCGAAGAAGAAACCAUGGACUUAGAAGACGAACCUAAGGGUCUAGAUCGGCUUCAUUUGGAAUCUAGGUUAGAGAUUUAUAAAGAUAAUGAUGCGGCAUGUGAUCAAGUGGUGGCUUUAUCGAUGACCAAUGAUAAUAGUGGUGCAAGGAGUCUAAGAUGUAAAAGUAAACAUGAGGUUUUGUUGAAUAGUGAUGAUGAUGUUGCACAUUUCGAUGAUGAGCAUGAUCCAAGAGAAUGGAGGUAUAAGUAUUGUACCAAGAGUAGGAACUAUGAUGAGAACGAUUAUCAUCGUCGUCAUAUUCAUCAUCAUAUUCAUCCCUACCAUCACUAUAGUAGUAACAAUAACAUGCAUUUAUGGAGCCGGUCGUACGUGAAGACCAUGUGAGGCUAUCAAUGUUCAACGUGGCGGAUUGAAAAUGAAGACAAAAUAUUUCUAUUUAAAAAAAAAGAAGAGACAGCUAUUUUGCUUUGGAUUCUCCGUUGUGUAUGUUUCGAUUCGGAAAGUCAGAGUGUUGGGUCUAAUAUAAAGACUAUAUUUAAAUUCAACGAUAUGUAUUCGUGUGACG